AUGCAUUUGAUAUAUUCUCUUAAAGAUUGUAAUUUAAAAUUAAUCAGAAUUUAUGAUAUUUUCCAAAUCAAAAAUUUAUUUGAGAUAAAAGAGUUUUAUUUGCUUUUAUCUCAAAUCAUAUUAAUGAAAAAAAAAUUGAGCUGGGAUAAUUUCAGAAUUAUUAAAUUAAUUAAAAAAUAAAUAAAAAAAAUUAAAAAAAUGAAUAGAAAUCUUUCAUGUAAUAUACAUAGCAAUUAUCCAAUAUAUCACAUCGAUAUAUUAGAAAAUUCACAAAAAAAAUUGUAAUGUAUUAAGUGCGUUUCAUACUAAUAAGAGGAAAAGAGCUUUUUACUAAUACCAGAAAUCCUCAAUUAUGAUCAAAAAUUACUUCUUCAGAACUGGCCUCCACUAAAUGAUGAAACAUUAAGAAAUAAAAUUAUUUCUUUAGAAAAUCAAGAAAAUGACCUAAAUUAACCAAUUUAAGAUUUUUAUGAUGGUCUAAUUAAGGAUUUAACUUUGAUUUUAUCUGAGAAAAAGAAAGAAUAGUUAAUUUUAGCUUAAAAAGUAUAUGAAUUCAAAGAAAAAAUAAUUCAAUAAUAUCAACAAAUUGCAUCAAUAGAUAAAAUAAAAGAAUUUUUUAUUAAAGAAAAUCUAUAGACUGAAAAAGUUGAAUAGGAUUUAAAAAAUUACAUAGAUUCCUAAUUUAAAAAAAAAAAUUAAUACACUACUACUCUCUCAUGUAUGAUGUAAUAAUAUGAACUAAUAAAAUAUUUGGAUAUCUAAAAACCGACAAAAAUAAAGGAAAAUGUAUCAAAGAUAUUGUAAAUAAUCAAUUUAAUACCUUUAAAUAAUUUUAACUUUGAAAGCAACAUAAAAAAUUAUAAGAAAAAACUCGAAGAAGAACAAUGUAUUCAGAAUAAAAAUAACCAGAUUUUAGAUAAUUUAAUAAAACAACUGUGUUUUUGUAAUGAAUAAUUGACAUAAUUAAUCAAUUAAAAUACUUGGGAUUUAGACAAUUUCUUGUUAAAUCUAUAAAAAUUUACAAUUAAAAAUCAAAUUGAUUCUGCUGAGUUAUAGUAAGAUAUAUUUUUAAAUAUGUUUAAAUUUUAAUAAUUAAUUGAGAAUGAUAUCAAAGAAUUGAGAUAAAAGGACUUUAAAUCUUAAAAUGAAUUUAAAAAAAUAAUAAAAUAAUUAGAAAAUAAAGUAAUUAUAAACAAUCAAAAUUAUAAUUAGAAAUCGUUAUUUGUCAAUUUUGAUGAUUAAGCUAGAUUUUAAGUUUAAAAAUAAUACAAAGCAAAUGAUAAUAGUUUUUGUUUAAUUAAUUAUAUACUUAAACCUGAAAAAAAAUAUAUUUUUAGAUUUAAGGCUCAUAAAUUAAAAUCUGAAUCAGAAUUUUUAAUAGGAAUUAUAAGUGAUUCCUGCAACAAAAAACAUUUUCCAGAUGAUUGGAUUGCAAGCGACAUAAUCGGUAAUCAAGAUGUCAGUUAAGGAGAUUAAAUAUUAAACGAAGAGAAUCUAAUCUAAACUUGGUAAUUUUAAGUUUGUAUAAAAGAUAAGACAUUUAAUAUGUAUAAUUAUCCUAAUUUUACUUUGAGAUUUUAUUUAGAAGAAUAAAGUGAUAUUUAAGUUGAUGGUAAAUAUUAUUUUGGAGUUUUAUUUUUGAGUGAUUAUCCAGGGGAUAAACUAGAAAUAUUUGAUUAUUAAGAACUAGAUGAAUUUCCAGAUUCGUGA